AUGAGCCAGCGCUUCCCGCGGUACACAAUUAGUCCUCGGGUAUUAAUCCUGCCCGCUGGCCGUUACCCCGGACAGGAUAUUAUGCCGCUGAAGGCGGCGAACAAUGCGGAUUAUAUGGGGAAAAACGCUUCGAUAGCGUUUCUAAUACGGAAUCCACGUGGGUGGGGCGAUGGUGGUGGAGAUGAUGGUUCACUACCACCAGCGUGCCGGUCGACGGCGUCGUUACAACCGACAGAUCCGCCAAUAUUUGAGAUCACGAAUGUACUAAUAAACGAGACAGCAACGCAACUAGCGCUAUGGGGCAAGUUGGGCAUUGCUCUCAUGGAAUUACCCAAACGAUGGGGCAAAGAUGCUGUUUAUGAAGGUGGCAAAAAAGAAAUUCUUUGCACAAAUCAUAACUUUGGUGAUUUCGGGGCAACCACGGAGAUUCAACGAGUACGAUGGCAUCCGGGUUCUACGAAUGACUCUCACUUAUUAGUUUUAACAUCUGAAAAUUCUUUCCGCUUAUACGAGUGCGAACUGGGCGAUGCACCGAGCCUCGUAAAAUGCUGGAAGGUCGGCCGUGCGCCAUCGAGCUCGCCUUCGAAGAUCCCGGACUUCACGUCUCUCGGCGAAACUGCCGUGGACUUCGAUUUCGCUACUCCUACCCUGAAGAAACCGGAAAUAUUCACCGAUAAGAGCAUCAAUGAGAUAAAAGAAACGAUAGACUGGAAUCAAAUUGAAUGGCCGAUUUUGGUGCUCCGUGGGAACGGAGAAGUGCUGAUCGUUCGUGGAAACGUCUUAUCGGAGAACUAUGAGAAUCCAGUGGUACUAGGCUCGCUGUCCAUGUAUCCGUCGACUGACGAUAAUUACGGGAUAGAUUCAUGCUCUAUCAUGUGCCUGCAAACUACCCCGCCGAUAGUGGUCAUCGCCAUGUGCACUGGAAAGAUUUAUCACGCGAUACUGUUGCGCGAAAUAUCGAAUGACGACGAUGACGACAGAAAGACUUGGUCGCAAUACGGUUCAAACUAUAGUCUUCAUACACCGGACGAUGCACUUUACGUUUAUGAAUGCGUCGAAUUGGAAUUAGGUCUCCUCUUUACAGAUGAUGAUAAAAAAUAUAAUUGUCCUAUUCAUCUUCAUUGCGAUAAGGGCAACAAAUCGAGAUAUUUUUGCUCCCACAAUGCUGGGAUUCAUAUGGUCAGUGUACCGAUGGUUUCUCAACUGGAGGAAUUUGUGAAUGAUAAUACUGGUAAUUAUUUACCAUCUUUAUUAAACCAGUCAAUUUUACAAUAUCUGUUUUCCACGAGAACCAAACACACGAACGUAGAUGAAGCUACUCCGAUACUCGGUUUUGGUCUUCUUCAAGAACCUUGUGUUUUAAUCGCAUUGCUGCAUACAGGUGUCGUUAUCGAUCUCUCAGUUAUAGAUUUAUAUUAUCUCCCAAAAAUCGAACAAUUAGAACCUGUCAUCAAUAUUACAAGAAAGGUGAAUAAGGAACCAUUUGAUACAUAUAUAAAAAAAUUAUUGAGACGCGAAGUAUCACAACCAAUAACUAAAAUAGGAUCUCGCUCGAUGUCCUUAAGUGAAUCUCUAGAGUUAUUAUACCAUGCCACAAAUAUCUUUCGCACUCAGCACUUUGUCCGACAUGACAAAGUCCGAGAAGAAAUCAGUAAGAAAGUGCGUGCUUUGAAAGCUUUGAAAAGUCAUUUGUUAAAAGAACUCGAUACUUUGAUGGAAACGAAAAAAGAAUUGCGAUACACUGCUGAACAUUUAGCCGAGCGAUACGAAGAUAUCAAUGACAAACAAAAAGAAUUGGCACGCAGAGCAGAAGAAGUUUUAAGAUUGGUAAAUUAUAAGGAACCUUCGAUGACAGCUAUUGAGCGAGCAGAAGCAGAAGAAUUAAAGAAAAUGGAUAUGAAAAUACACGAUAUGAAAAUUCGACUUGAACAGCUCAAGAAAAAAUCUACUCAGCAGAUUGUGCAUGCAAAUGGUACUGAGUCUGAUGAGAAGAGGAAACAAAUUGUUUUUUCGCACAGUCAAGAGGAAGCAACAAAAGAAAAUCUUGGUCAAAUGGCAAAAAAUAUAAAGAAUUUGGUAGAUCAAGUAAAACAGAUUAAAGCAGAGAUCAGUCUUUCAUAUAUUAGCAAGCAAUAAUAACAAAUAUAUCUAUAGCUAUUAUUAUCUAUUUCUAAGUUACAAUUAAUA